GAGCCAUAUCUGUAGACUCUACCCGCCCUCAGAACCACAUUCCGAGGGUUAAUACGCCGGCAUGUAGUACCCUACAUACACCCAGAUGAGAUCAGAUCUCUCGUAACGACGACCUUAUCAGGUUAUCACAGCCAGGCGCAUAACUCAGAUACCACCCUCCUGCCGAAUGUAGCCUAGGUCAAGUAGUAUUCGCAGAGGAUGGGCGGGAGAUCACCCCGGACUUGGCAAGUCGAUACAACUCGAGUGGUCAGGACCUUAGAUUACGAGCCAGUCGGCAUGGUUGGGAAGAUGCCUUGACGUCGAACCCAUGUAACGGUAGGAUCAAUUGGUUGAGCAUAGCAUAGCACGCAAUUGCAAUAUGUAAAGAUUUAUUUACUUACUACUACGUUGAUGUUUAUUAAUUUGCUCGCAGCUCCCCUCACGGAGUAGUUGAGGGCACUCGUUUGUUCUUCACCUUCAUUUGGCGAGGGAGGGAAGAAAACCACAACGAAAGACUCACUGUGCAAUUCUUCGAGGAAAAGCUCUCACCAUGCGCUCUCUUCUUCUCCUCUUCGCCUCGGCCGCGACGGCUAAGGUGAUGGACAGUCUCGCCUCCGUCCCUAAAGGCUGGGCAGAAGUUCGUCAGGCCUCUCCAAAUGACCCUGUUACCUUGCGUGUUGGUCUCAAGCAGCAACAUGCGGCUGCGCUGGAGCAAGCCGUGAUCGAGAUUUCUACGCCGGGGCAUCCAAACUACGGCAUGCACCUAUCGCGUGACGAAGUCCGGGCUUAUACGGCACCGACAAAAAGAUCUAUCUCGUCAGUUGCCGAUUGGUUAACCAAGAGCGGCGUCGAGUCCACGGUAAAUAACGACUGGAUCACUUUCAAGACGGAUGUUAAAACCGCAAACGACCUGCUUGGCGCGAACUUCGCCUGGUACCAAUAUGAGAAGGGUGGCAGUCCCAAGUUGCGGACGUUGUCGUACAGCGUCCCCGACGAGCUUGCAGGAAGCAUCGAUCUCAUACAGCCGACCACUCGAUUCGGCCAGCUCGGCGCCAAGAGGUCAACCAUUUUUGAGAUGCAGCUCCUUGAGCCCGAGGAAGAGGAUGCCGUAAAGGCGGACAUGGCCGUCGAUGCCGCCGACUGCAAUACCUCGAGGAUCACGCCCGCCUGUCUCAAGUCACUGUACAAUAUCAAGUACACCGCGCCCACCGAGGGAAACCUGGUUGCAUUCAGCUCUUACUUGGAGGAAUACGCCCGGUAUUCGGAUCUGCAGUCCUUCGAGAACCAGUAUUUGACGCAGGCCAAAGGCCAGAACUUCAGCGUCGAGUUGGUCAAUGGGGGUCUAGAUGACCAGAGUAGUAACGACGAUAGCGGGGAGGCAAACCUCGAUGUGCAAUACAUAUUAGCCAUCAGCAGCCCUAUCCCGAUCCGCGAAUACAGCACUGGUGGUCGUGGACCGCUUGAACCUACGCAGGACGAGCCUGGGCCCUCGUCAAACGAGCCUUACUUGGAAUUCCUGACGUACCUCCUCGAUCAAGACGAUUCUGCUUUGCCGCAGACGCUCUCCACCUCGUACGGAGAGGAGGAGCAGUCGGUACCAGCGGAGUAUGCGCUCAGAGUAUGUAAUCUAUUCAUGCAACUCGGCGCCCGCGGUGUGAGCGUGUUGUUUUCAUCCGGCGACUCUGGACCAGGUGAUUCGUGCAUAAGAGAGUCAGACCAAGCGCCGUAUUUCCAGCCCUCAUUCCCCGCAGGCUGCCCGUACGUGACCUCUGUCGGUGCUACUUAUAACGUCGAGCCCGAACAGGGCGUGAGCUUUUCGAGCGGCGGUUUCAGCUCGCUUCACGCUCAACCGGCGUGGCAGGCAGAUUCUGUCAAUGCGUACCUAAAAUCAAUAGGCAAAACCUAUUCUGCGUACUUCAACUCGUCCAACAGAGGCUUCCCCGAUGUUGCGGCUCAGGGGAGUCGGUUUAUAGUCAUCGAUAAGGGCAGAUCUGCGCUCCUGUCGGGUACGAGUGCUUCGAGUCCCGUCUUCGCCGGUGUGGUAGCUCUCCUAAACGCCGCACGAAAGAGCCAAGGUCAGCCGCCGCUAGGCUUCCUCAACCCGUGGUUAUACAACAACAGCGCCGCCCUGAUAGAUAUAACAUCCGGUUACGGAAGCGGUUGCUCGGGUAACUCAGCUUUCAGAAACGGAGCAAGGUGGAAUGCCACUGCGGGAUGGGACCCUGUUACGGGAUUGGGUACCCCCGACUUUGGAAAAUUGCUCGCUGCUGCCGCCCCAGGAGUAGAGAACGCUUAAAAGAGAUUCAUUCUACGAGUCCUGUAAAUACCUAUGUAUCUAACUUAUCUAAAAGUAAAUUAAUUUAUUUGCUAACCUUUGUCGUCUAAUCCUGCUGCCUAAAUCCUUUAAUCCUAC